AUGUGGGCGGGCAAGGCGGCGGGCGUCCUAUGCUCCAGCCUCUCCCUACCAUCAGAUUGGAUGAACAGGGACGAUGGACUCGUGGAUCAAGAGGCAGACGAGCCUAUGCCGCAAGCAGAUGAUGAGGUGCUCGCUGUAAUGGAGCAGGAGUGCAUGCGGCUGCGCGCACACAAGCGGCACUUGCAUGCAGCCCUCGAUGCCACGCAUGAAAAGGCGAAGAGGGCGGCAGAGGAGAACCGGCGACUAAUGCGACUGAUCGCUUUGCUCACUCCCAACAAAGGCAGCUUCCAGCUGCUUCCGCAGCUCUCAGCCCCUGCCCCUGGCCCUGAAGCAUCUGCUGUGGGAAACAAUAGCAUUGCAGCCGCUGCUUGUCAAUCCAACCAAGGGGAGGUGAACAGACCUGGCAGCAGAUAUGCGCCCAGCAGCGAUGACCCUGAGACAGUGCAAGCAGAGGCUGUAGCAGCUGCUGCGCUCGCUCUCAAUAAGGGCAAUCCGGCGGCUGCGCUCAUAGACUUGUUAUCUCUGGCAGUGCGCAAUAAGCAUGCGCAGAGCAGGAGUUAA